CUACCGCGCAGCCGGAAGCGAACACGCCGGCGCCUAUAUAUACGCGCCCUCGCCGCGCCCAAGUCCCACCCCCGCCCAACCUUUCGUCCACCACAAGCCCAGGCGAAUCGCGAGUCCGAAGCUUCCAUUCCCAUUUCCAGAGCGACCCCGAAGCGCGCAGCGGGAGCCGAUCAGGCGAGCGGCGAACCGAUCGACGGCCGCAAUGGCGAUCGCCGAGGAGCUGUGCGAGUCCGAGGUGCUGUGGCCCGAGGCGGCGGCCCACGACGACGACGGCGACGCGCCGGAGACCGCGCCGCCCGGCUGCAGCUCGUCGUCCCCGGCGCUGGCGCCGCGGUCCAGGACGGCGCCGGCUCGGCGAGGAGGAGUCCCCGACCCCGAGGCGCCGCGACGCGCGGGCUCGCGGCCGGUGGACAUUCCUAGGCCCGCCGCGCGCUCGGUGGCCCUCUGGAGCGACGACGACGACGACGUCGGCCGGAGCGGCACCAUGGUGCCGCCGCACGUGCUGGUGUCGCGGCGGCGGUUGGAGGGGGCGGCGGCGUUCGCGCUGCGGUCGGGGCCGGGCCGGGCGCGCGAGCUCAGCCACCUGCGCAACUCCGUGCUGCGCAUGACCGGCUUCAUCGAAGGAUGACAAGGCUGACCCGUGCUCUGUGGUGUGUGCUUGUGCGAGCAAGACUAGUCAUCGCCAUCGGGCAUUUGUCUUCGCAGUCGGCAACUCGGCAUCAUUGCCUAUUUUGUUCGUAUAUCCGUUUCCCAGUGGUCCCUGAUCACAUUGCAUCUCGAUUUGUUUAGAGGAAGCUCUGAACAUGUUCCUUGUGUGUUCAAUCCAUGUGGGGAGAAGUUUCCAUUGCUAAUUGUCACGGGAUUUAAACCAUUUUUGGUGGAUAACAUGUGUGUCUCCUUCGACCAAACAGGUUUACUAGUCUAGUCUGAAUGUCUGGUGAGUUUUUUUAAUCCUUUUUGAACUUGUUUGUUUCAUAUUUGGGGAUUGCUCACCGCACCUGCCACGCGGUAGUUUUUUUUUUUAUCCUUAUGUCUGAUGAGUUGAACUAGAGUAAAACGUGCAAUUUACCAGA